CAUGGCGGCCCUGAGGGAGGGGCCAUGGCGGCCGGCGGAGGGGGACGGAGCGGGGCGGGGCGGGCGGCACCGGUACCGAUGCACGGAGCGGAGGAGGCGGCGGCCGGGGGGCCGCGGGUGAGCGCGGCGAGCACGCAGACCGACAGCAUGGCCGGUCAAAUGCCAAGGCUUUCUAAGGUCAAUCUUUUUACUUUGUUCAGUCUCUGGAUGGAGCUCUUUCCUUCAGCCGAACAACAGAAGAAGUCACAGGUAAAGAAGAGUGGUCUAGUUGUGGUGAAAAACAUGACGAUUAUUGGUCUUCAUUGUUCCAGUACAGACUUGCACGCUGGCCAGAUUGCACUUAUUAAACACGGAUCAAGACUUAAAAACUGUGAUCUUUAUUUUUCCAGAAAACCAUGUUCGACUUGUUUAAAAAUGAUUGUAAAUGCUGGGGUGAACAGGAUUUCCUACUGGCCUGCAGAUCCUGAAAUCAGCUUGCAGAAUGAGGCUUCCAAUCCCAUGACGACUGAUGAUGCAAAGCUAGAUGCCAAAGCAGUGGAACGACUCAAGUCAAAUAGUCGUGCUCGGGUGUGUGUGCUGCUUCAGCCCUUAGUAUGCUACAUGGUGCAGUUCAUUGAAGAAACUUCCACCAAGUUUGAUUUUAUUCAAAAAAUAGCAAAAUCUCAGCCUGACUUUAAUACUGACUUUUAUACCGCAUGUAGGCAAGAGAAAAUAAAGGAGUAUGAAAGUUUAUUCCUAAUUUCAAAUGAGGAAACGCACAAGCAAAUACUGAUGACAAUAGGACUGGAGAACCUCUGUGAAAAUCCCUACUUCAGCAAUCUUAGGCAAAAUAUGAAGGAUCUUGUCUUGGUCUUGGCCACAGUGGCUGCCAGCGUCCCUGUCUUUGGUUGCUUCGGGUUUUACAGCAGUGAAUCACAGCCAACAAAUGAAACGUACCAUCAGGGUUUGCCCCAAGAAAUUGCAAGGCACUGUAUGAUACAAGCCCGAUUACUCGCAUACCGGACAGAGGAUCAUAAAACAGGAGUUGGAGCUAUUAUUUGGGCAGAAGAAAAAUCAAGAAGCUGUGACGGAACAGGAGCAAUGUAUUUUGUAGGCUGUGGUUACAACGCCUUUCCUGCUGGAUCUGAAUAUGCCGAUUUUCCACACAUGGACGAUAAACAAAAAGAUCGGGAGAUCAGAAAGUUCAGAUACAUUAUACACGCUGAGCAGAACGCCUUGACGUUCAGGUGCCGAGAAAUAAAGCCAGAUGAGAGAAGCAUGAUAUUUGUCACAAAAUGUCCUUGCGAUGAAUGUGUCCCUUUAAUCAAAGGGGCUGGUAUCAAGCAAAUCUAUGCAGGAGAUGUUGAUGCUGGCAAAAAGAAAGCAGACAUAUCGUAUAUGAAGUUUGGUGAACUUGAGGGUGUAAGCAAAUUUACCUGGCAACUAAAUCCAUUUCACACCAAUGCCCUUGAAUUCCACGAUCCCAUGACCAGGGAGAAUGGGGUCCAGAAAACAAAAUCAGUAGAUGACCAGCAGCACCAAAACAAGAAACUGUGUCUUGGUCACUAUUGAAUAAUUAAGCACUUCUGCAGUCUUGCUCUUUAUUUUUUAUAAUGCAGCCUGUUUGCACUUUCAUAUAAUGAAGAGUUUUAUUUAUUGUUUGGAAGGUGAUUUUUAGAAUAAGUUUAUUUAUGAUGUCUUAAAUGUUUUACAGAAUUACCUGAAGGUCUUUUUAAUUUAGAAGUUCCUGGGGAAAAAAUGCUGCUUGUAUUUUCUAUGAAAGUAAUUGGGUGGCAAAUCAUUGUUAAUGCAUAACAAAAUACUGAAGGUUCAUUGGUGGUAGGUCAGAGGAGUAAUAAAAGUGUCUCCUUGCCUGGUGUAUGGAUUGAGGGAAUGAAUUUCUACGUUCUGGGUUAUCAGAAUGCAGAAAUAAGUAGAGUACUCAAGGGAAUCUCCUAGAAAAUGGUAGAUAAAUUAUCGCUAGUAAUUAUUCCUAGUCCCUGAAAGUGGCUUUUGCUUCUCAGUCUGCUUGUAUGGUGGAGACACUGCCACUGGGAUGAAGAUGGUUGCUAGAUGAGUGAUUUGGAGAUUAAGCUUGUCUCUCAAACAUAACUUCUUCCAGCUACCAUAGCAGCACGGCUGGUUUGUUCUGUGGUACUUGUGCUGCUGCUGUGUGUUCUGCGUGCUUCCUCAAGUGCAUCCCAUCUGAAUUAAUCUAGACCUAGACUAGGUUUGCUUUUUCUCAGCUUCUGGAUACAGGCCUGAAAGAUUUUGGCUGUAUGUGUAUCACUGGCCCCAACGUGCUAUGCGAAGACUGCUGGUGUUUAGUUUUUGUUAAGCUUCUCUAACGGGCGUCUAGGACUCGAGGAGCAGAUAAAGAGCCAGAGAUCCUGUUGUUUCUUAGAUAGGAUGAUCUGUACCAGUGGAAUAGGCCAAAUCUUUUCAGGUGCCAGUCUCUUCGCUGUCGACAUGAGGAGGUGAUGUUAAAACAGCUGGUUUCAUGCAGUCUCGUGUUGUUGCUACUUUCGAGGGAGUGCUGGGUGGGGGACAGGUAACUGGAAUAGGGAGUUUUUACCCCUAGAACCUUUUGAGAGGUCACUCUCCCUACUCUCAGCUGUUUGCUGCUUUGAAUGUAACCUCUAGCUGCUGUAGCAGAUGUACCAAGACUUUCUGUUCACUCCUCUGCUGAGCUCUCAACUACAAAUGCCUUAAACCUCUUUCAUGCUGCUACAGAUAGGACGUGCAAACAUUCUUCCCAGUUCUUCCACACAUCUUGUCUUUCUUUGUUGCCCUCCUCAAAACCCUGAAAGGGGAAUCAUGUUCUAAGAUGCUGCUAUAGUUUCUGUUUUUACUUGUAGGCUUUGGAUAGCAAAGCUGUGAUUAGACAGUGUGCAAAGUGGCAUUAACGUGGCAUUAAUAGUAGGUAGUUUGCUCGCACCCAGUCUGGCUACUGCUCCCAUAUUUUAAGGUACAAUUCUUGGUGCUUGGAACUGCACCAAGUAGCUGUGAUUCCUCACGGCCCACAUUAUAACUUCAUACCAGAACAGGGCAGUGCUUAUAUCCUCUUACCACCAUGACAAUUCGCUCUCACUGAAGCUGGAGAAGCUGCUGUUUCCCUCAGUCUAGUUAAACUGAAGACUACUCUCCAGCUGCUGGAAGAGUGAGGUGCAUGCCAUGUUAGCAGCAGAAAUCUCACCGGGCAUGUUUGACCUGCACCACUGCUGCCCUGCUAAGCAGGGUGCGUACAGCUUCAUUUCCCAGGAGCAGAUAGUGCUAGUGAAGGAGGAAAAUACAACCCUGUUUGUCAACCAAAGGAAGGAUGGUGAAAUCUAUUUUUUGCAUCACACUGAAAAAAAGUGCGUUUGCACAGUAGCUCAUGAGGAAGUAACUGAACUGCUGCUUCACUAGAACUGAAUUACCACCAGGUCUUCUGGUCUAGGGUGCGGAACUGGGAUCCUGAACUUCGUUUAGGGCCAGCAGAUCUAGCUGCAAGAGGUCUGUGCCUUACCUAUCAGAUUCAGAGUGCAGUGUAGAUCCAGUUUUCAGACCGGGGAUUAAGUUACUGUUCUGGGUGUUGUACAAACCUCAGAAAUAGUUCUAGUUGUUUUUUGUUUUUUUUUUUUUUUCCUCUCAUCAAGGAAUAUAGUUCCAUUCCUUGCAACUUCCAUAUGAGGUUAAAGUUGGGUAUUGUUGGUGUUUCAUAAGCAAGAUUGUCUUUAUAGUCUGUUUUAAAUCAUGAAUAUUUUACUUUGGCAUAUUUUUUCUUUCCACUUCUUGUAAGCAUCUUGUGUUAGAGUAAUUACUCUUGGCUUUUCCUACAGAUUGGAAGAACACUGUCCAGAUUAAAGUAAAAAAAUCCACCCUAUCCCCUGAAACCUUGUUUCUGUAAUCCAUUGGCAGUGCUUUUCUACUUGAGGUAGAAGCAGGGGAAAAAACAGGUGCAGAUUUAAGGCCCCUUCAUGUUUAUACUGAUCAGUCAACUGGUGUCAAAAUAGGUAAAGAAGUCUGUAUCUGUGCAGGAAAAGCUGAAAUUGAAAAGUCCCCAAAAGGUUGUAGGUGGCCUGGGUACAAGGAGAGGUAAAUCAAGAUAUGCAUCAAAUAUCGCACAUCACAUUAAAUAACUACGCUGCAGCGAAUGCUGCUGGUAGUCUGUACUUCAUGAGGAGUUAAGAUUUUACCUUUACUUUUUAUUGAUUUUUUUAAAAAGGUAUUUUUGUACAAAGCUUCCUGUGAAACUUGGAAUUGCUUUUAAGGCUGAAGGCUCGGAAGUCGGACUGUCUGUCAUGCCAUCUUUCUACAAAUUCCUCCAGAAGUUCACAAAUUUCUCUGAUUAUUGAUGUAACACUACUUCUUUACUUCUUGCUGAAAUUGCAAAGUAGUGUCUUUAUCCUGACCACUAGGAAGAAUGUGAAUGGGGUUUCUCACAACCCCCAGACUCCAUAGGCGCUGUCGUGCAUGUCAUCUGCUUACCCGAGAGAAGCACGGAAGGACUGGGCAUCUCCUGCAGUGCUUAUUUUGCAAAUGAACUCUAGCGUGUUUGUUUCUUACUUAAAAAAAAAAAAAACUGUAUUUAAAAUUACGAAAUGUAGAAGUUAUAUAUUUUAUAUAUACGUAUGAAAUUUCGAUAUGCAUUUUGGGUCUCUUCCAUCAAUGCCGGAGUAGUCAUUUCAAUCGCAGGUAUUAACUACCAGUAGUAAUUUGGCUUCUCGACUGAGAAUUACAGAACUUCUCUGUUAAUUUGCCUUACAGCAAAACAUGUUUUCAGCUAAUAAAUUCAGUAAGUACUGAAGUGUA